GACAAUUUUCAACAGUUCAGUGUUGUUAAUGAGCGACUCUUUUCAUUCUCUUAUUGAUGCCUAAGUAGUGCUUUCAAGAUAUUUUGAUGUAAAGAUUUCAAUACAGAUGUGCGAGUCCCGAUUUGACUUACUGAAACGUCGUCAAUGGACGAAGUCGAUGCUGUAAAUUCUGCAACGGCGACACACAAUGCGGCAACAAGUGGAAGUGAGUUCAUAGCUAUUGGGAUGUCAGUUCGAAGGCGGCGUCGGAAGAAACGCGAUGUCGCUGAUGAACUUCAAGAUGCCAUGGGAAGCACAGUUAACGGGUCUCCGCCAAUACCAUUCUCUCCCCCUUAUGAUGAAAGUUUUCGCAAUAAAGUCCCCGCUAGCAGUACCAGUAUUUUAAAACGGCAAGAUAGUGCCUGUGGUUCCGAAUAUGAACCUACUUCUAGUUGGGAUACAACUAGUGGCAAUUCGAACACUCUCUCGGUUAUGGGAAACUCUGGGAACAGCGAAGCGUCGCAAAGUGCUUCGCGUAAUACCAACAACAGUGCCGCGGGGAAACAUGCGAGCAAACCAGAUACAAGUGAAGCACAGAUUACCAACCAAAGUAGUUUGCAAAGCAAACAGAAUUCAAGCAGCACUACUCAGAGAUCAAUGAUUGACUGUCAGAAAAUGCGCUUCGCGAGGAACUUGGCCGAGUUUCAGGGUGGUUUGCACAAAUGUGGAAUUUCAGUCAAGGACCAUAUUGAUAUAUAUAGGCGUUUUAAACAGCUUGCGGUGACAGUGCCAAUAGAAAGCGAUUCAUUCACUGACAAUCCCGCGGCUAGUAAAUCUCAGAAACCACAGCGUAGACACAAACGUAGAAUGAAAAAGAUGGCUAUCGAUAUUUCACCGAUAGAUGCCGCUGAGCUGGAAGUUGCUACAGUUGCGCAUGAAGUUGGGCGACGGAAAAACUCAACGAGUAAAGGAAGCUUGGAAGCCUUUAUUGAUCCCGAACUUGAAACUGAUCGUCUAAAUGGGACGCUAACCAGAAGCAAAACAGCAUCGGACUCAAUCCGAAAAAGCGACCUUGAGUUAAAUCUACCGGUUGCCGGAACUAGAAAAAGCCCAUGGAAGAAUAUUCCUUUUAAAUUUUCUUCGUCAGAUUACAACUUCAGUACCUCUGCCUUGACGAAUCAUGACGACUCAAGUAACCAGACGAUGGAGUUCGAUGGCCAAAGUUCAAAUACUCUGGAGGGUCCGCAAUCUGGAACCCUGAAUAACAGUUGUAUAAGCAACCCACUGAUUAUGUCUGAUAUUGAUGCGCAUAAUUUGAGCGAGACGAAGUUUUUGGAGUCCCCGCCAUCACCAAUAAAAGCUCUAUCGGAGGGCGAACGAGAUACUUCGUCUCAUACUGUGUACGUGACAUCAAAGGCGACUGAAACUGAUCUAAUCGAGGGAAAGGACGAGGUGUUUGGAACAAGCGACAGUAAUGAGGGUUCGCUUGAUACUUCUUCACCAAGUCAAGAUGAAGGUGUGGCUGGAAUCCUCACAGCAGACGAAGGCCGUGAAGGUGACGAUGAGUUGUCGGAAAAUGACGAUGCUAGAAGUGUAUGUGGAAUGCCUUGUGCGAUCCCUUGGUGGGAAGAGGGUGAAAUGACUGAGGCCACUCAUCGACCGGAGUUUGACUCAAAAUUCAACCAGAUACUGGAAGGAAUCAAAUCUGUCACGAGUAGCGACUCAGUUAACGCUUUCUUGCAGUCAUCGGCCACAUUGUUUCACCCUGGGGUUUGUAAAAGAACUUUGCCGACCGCCAUCGAAGCAGACUCCCGUGACAACUCCUCGGAAUCUUACGAACACUUGACGUCCCCGGAUGGUAGCUCGAAAAGUAAACGGAGUCGCUACUCGGUUGUGGGAACUACUUCGACCAGACAGCGUUAUGCAAAGUUUCAUCAUUCGGGCAAGCACAAGAAAAAACGAAGACGAAGUUACUCGGGUGAAGUUAAAACGCGGCAUAGUGGCAUUCGCUCGGCGAAUUUUAGGGAACGUUCACAGCCAAUAGAAAGAGUUCCAGAAAGCAGUAUUGGCCAUAAGAUGUUAUUAAACAUGGGCUGGAAUCCUGGCAAUGGGCUAGGAAAUAUGGGAACUGGAAUUGCAGAACCAGUGGUGCUAAAAUCGCAGACUAAUAAGAAGGGAUUCGGUUUCGUAGCUGCCAAAUAAUGUUGAAAUUAGCUUCGUUAGAUUUAAACUUGUUCUAUGAUAAUGCAGAAAUUGUGAAAGCUUUGUUUUUGUUAAUUUAAUGUAACGAGAAUAGAGAUGCGAUUUGACCUUGAUUUCUUAAAGAAAUAAUAGACUACAUUUAA